CUGCAGCAGAGGGGGGAGGGUUACUCCCCUUUGUCUAGAGCUUCCCAAAUCCUAAACUUGGUGGGAGGGGGCUGAGGGGAGACCCUUCACUUUGUGAUCACCACCCCCCAUGUAACAAAACCCUGCCGGCUGGAUGUUGCCUCACGUGACAGCCCAUGCUGCCUUUGUCUGAUCGCAGGAUUGGCGCUGCUGCUGUCUAUGUCGCUACCUUGAGCCGGAGAGGAGCCGCUGCUAAACUGCGUAGAGGGAUAAAAUUAACUAAGAAUGAGCUGGAGUUUUUUAACGCGUCUUCUUGAGGAAAUUAACAACCACUCCACCUUCGUUGGGAAGGUCUGGCUAACUAUCCUCAUCAUUUUUCGCAUUGUACUGACUGCUGUGGGUGGGGAGUCCAUAUAUUAUGAUGAACAGAGCAAAUUUGUAUGCAACACACAGCAACCUGGGUGUGAAAAUGUGUGUUACGAUGCAUUUGCGCCAUUGUCUCACGUCCGUUUCUGGGUCUUCCAAAUCAUUCUCAUCACUACUCCUUCCAUCAUGUACUUGGGCUUUGCCAUGCACCGGAUUGCACGUCGACCAGAAGCGUACCGGAGGCAGUUGGAUAAAUCUGCAAUUAAGGGCAAGAAAAGAGCACCUGUGGUUCACCGGGGUGCUAAACGGGAUUAUGAAGAAGCAGAGGAUGACAAUGAAGAAGACCCCAUGAUUUGCGAAGAAGUGGAACCAGAGAAAGAUGCAGAGGAGGGAGACAGAAAGAAACAUGAUGGGCGUCGUCGCAUUAAGAAUGAUGGCUUGAUGAAAGUCUAUGUGUUGCAGCUGCUUUUUCGGUCAGUCCUAGAAGUUGGAUUUCUCAUGGGACAGUACGUGUUAUAUGGGUUUGAAGUGAUUCCAUAUUACGUGUGCACUCGGAGCCCUUGUCCUCACACUGUGGAUUGCUUUGUGUCUAGGCCCACUGAGAAGACCAUAUUCCUUCUAAUUAUGUAUGCAGUCAGCGCCUUGUGCCUUCUGCUCAAUGUGUGUGAGCUGUUCCACUUGGGGGUUGGUGGCAUUCGAGACUCUCUCAAGGAGCGAAGCAAAGAGUCUCAGGAUCCAAAAUACCCUAAAAAGGCUCCUAGUGCUCCCCCUAACUACCACUCCGUACUGAAGAAAGGGAAGGUGCCGAACGGCAAGAUGAUGUUCCCUGAGAAUGAGGGGUCUGAGGCUUUUGAGCUACCAGCUAUACACGAUCUGGACAGGCUACGCCAGCAUCUCAAGAUGGCCCAAGAACACCUUGACUUGGCAUUCCAGUUCAACCCUGCGGCUGAAACUACCAACGCAUCUAGAAGUAGUAGUCCUGAGGCCAAUAGCAUAGCCGCAGAGCAGAACAGACUCAAUCGCGCACAGGAGAAGGGAGGAGGAGUACGCGAGAAAGCAGGUUUGUGAUUGCUGAAGAUAGGGGUGGGAAAUGGGGGAACUUGGGGUUUUGAAAAUCCUAGAACACAACUGGAAUUAAGUUACAGUGGGGGUGGGGUCUGGAUUCACCCCGACCAGAAACCUCCGUAGGGUGAAGAAAAGGGAUCGUCUGGAGAGAGCAUGGGGUGUGAAUGCUCCUCUGUUCUGCUAGCUCAAGCUGCAUCGUGCCUGAAAACGAUACUUCAUUAACUUUCCAAGUACUGCUCCCUGCUCCGAGCAGCCAGCUGUGGAAGAAGAUUGAUACCACUGGUUUACACAGGCUGCCACCAGAGGUUGCUGUAAAUGUGAUAAUACAGUGGUUGAGGUGUGCAUAAAAUAGUGGUACUAGCUUCAUUUCAUUUCAGUUUGUUUUGUAUUAACUAUAGCAUUUUCUGGCCAGAACAUUUUUAUUGUUUAUAUAUCUUUUUUUUUUUUUUUCCCCCUUUAAAAAUAUUAGUGAUAGUAUAGUGGGGAAAAUGCAAACAUGUCGGUACAAUUGUGUUAUGAAGAUGGAUGAGAUGUGGUACUGUAGAUUGUCUACAGCCUGGCACACUUCAGCCACAGACCCCUUGUUAUGGGGUGGGGGUCAGAAGUGAACUUUGUUAGGCAUGUUAUGAUUUUGUUUAUAUGUUGUAACUAUUGUUUUAUGUAUGUAUAAUCUAUAGUGCAGACGCACUCAACGCGCAGGACAAUGAUUCGGAAGAAUCUACGAUCAUAUGGGGGAUAGGAGGAGAAUAUUUCAAACCUCUUAUUUUGAAAGCUUUAACAUUCCAUUACAUCUCCUUCCUGCUCUGCACACCUUCAUUCCUGGUGGCACGAUCUUCCAGUGCCACAGUGCUAUUAAAGGGGGUGAGCGCUUUCAUUUCAGUUUACAUUGGGGGAGGGGGGCUUAUUUGCCUUAACCCUUCGCAGUUAGUUGGGUUUAGAUGAAAAGCCAUCUGGCAGCCGGGAGGGGGGCUGCACAUUCCUUCACGCUCUCCUUUGCAAAUACCAAAAGUAUAUUCUCAUGGAAAAGCAGAGGGAGGUUGUACUCCUAUCUAUGCAGAGGUGAAGAGCUGACUCGAAACUUCCAUUAUGUGCUUUAAACUACAUUCCUAGUAUUUUAGUCUUACUUAAAACUAGGACGCGCCAUCUUUUGGAAUUUCAGACGUGGUAAAACCAUUAAGAACUCUUCUAAACAUGCAUCGUUUAAGCGCCUUUGUUGUUUCUGUUUUAAAUUAAAUGCGUUAAUUUGUAAUCGAUUUCCUAUUCGGAAUGUAUUAUCCCUAACUACACAGAACGUUGUCAGGUUUGAGUUUUGCCAUUGUGGGAGCGGGCGCGGGGACUUCUACUUUUUUUUUAUUUUUUUUUACUCACGCCCCACUUUUUAACCCUUUGCUGGUUCUAUGUUAUGUUGAACUACAUAGCAGAGGCAGUUGUUUCGUGAUCUGAAGCCACAUAACACAGGCUCAGUUGGCCAGGAGCCAUUGACCUCACCAAGGCACUUGCUACAGUGAGGGUAGUCACAGAGUAUUAAUGUGCAGUGUUCUUAUAACCGUUGCUUCAGCCCACAACAUAGCUUCCUUCAUUCUAUCGGCAAAAGGCACAAAUUAGUGGGACAAAAAUAUCAUCACACUCCUUCAGUGCCUUGAAAUUUAUACUGAUGUUAAAAUACUUUGAUAAAGGGAAAGGGGUGUUUUCAUUCCUAUGCUGGACAAGCUUGAAGAUUAUACUGUUCACAGAGCCUCAUCUCUUAUUUAGAAAUACUUGUUUUUUGGGGGGUUAUAUUUUGUAUUGUUUGUUUGUUUGUUUUUCUCAAACUUUGUGGUACUGGAAUGUAUUUGUGUGUUUUUUUAUACAUAUAUAAAAAAAAAUGAAGAGAAAUAUGAC